UAUGAGACUCCUCAGCAGUGCGCAACCAUGGUCCUGCCAGUGAUCGAACCCAUAACAUCUAGGUCUCAUGUCUAUUGCUUAAUUUUUACCAUAUUACAAUUCAGAAGGAAAAUUAUUGAAACAGAAAAGCCCAUAGAACAUGUAGAUAAUCUAAUGUGGUUUAUGUAUCAGCAAGAUCGUAGCUUAGCUGUUUAAGCCGUCAGCUAUUUAUAGUCACUAUAAUCUAUUUUUGUUAUUUCUUUUUCAGAAUUGCGUAUAAAGUUUUAAAUUCUCUCAAGUCUGAUUGUACGGCUUUUGAAGGCGACCUUUUUUGCGAAAUGAAUCUCAUUUGAAAGCUUUCUUUCUCGCACCUUUCGGGUUACGUUUUUAAAAUACACCUCAUGAAAAGCUAUCACGUGAUCAUAUCGAUUGGUUGAUGUGCCCUUGUAAUUCGGUGAAAAAUGUAUUCAUAACUGUUGUUUCCCGAUUAAUUUCUCUACUCAUGUACACGUUCUCAUCCAGAAAUUCCAAAGAAAACCACCAAACCAACAAUACAAAACAUUCCCCAACGUCCUUUUAUGAAACUAAUGCAAAAACAUGUCAUGCCUCCUGACACUAGAAAUCCAAGAUGGAGAAUACUUAAACGGAAAGAGAAAUAUGAGCAACGUAUUGAAGAGGAGUUAAUCAAUAUGCUUCAAUCUGAAGAUGAAUCUUAUUUCUAUUUUUCCCCCGGUGGAGGUGAUCUUACCAAUUGGACCCAACGUAAAACACACCCAUCUUAUUGGAAUGGUGUACCUGUAAAUACUGAUGAUCUUUUAACUGAUAAUACUACCAGUGAAGAACAAUCAUAUUACUCUUCAAAACAAUUUAAACCUGUUUGGCAUCAACCUGUUUGGAGACGUGCUGAUGAAAGAUUCUUCUGGAAUUUUUAUUUAAUAUCCCAACCAAUUAUUGAAGCAGAUCGUAUGCUUACAACAUGCGGUUUUCCAGCCUACGGUUCUAAUUUCAAAUCUUCUGAAUCUGUCACUCAAUUCAAUAGUUUAGUAACUGAUUUAGAAGGUCUGUUAAUGCCUAUUGUUCAAGGUUAUGUACAUUUUGAAGAGCUCAUUUUAGACCGAAUUCAAGGUCAUCUCCAAGUGAAUGUCAUAAAGAAAGCAAAAGAAUUUACUGAAAAGCCAAACAGUGAUUUACCUUUAAUAGGUGUAGAAUUUUUAAAUAAUUCCGUAAAUACAAACUCAAAUGAAGAAGACCAAAUAAAUAUAAUUGGUUUAAAAGAUAAAUCCACAAUCGAUGCUCGAGGAGACAGAACAGCACACCACUUACAGCCAUUCACUUAUAUUAAUGAUAAUGUUGAUAUCAGUGCUAAACAAGACGUAGAAUUCGAUUCAUUAGUCUUCUCAUCUAAACCAUCGUUUUCAUCAUCAUCAACAACACCAACACCAGGCACGGAAAGAAAACAAUCACCUUCAAUAAUAAAAUUGUCACAAUCGAAUAGUUCGAUAGAUAUUUCAAAUGGCAAAGUAAAUAAAUUAGUCGAUAUAACGACACUGACAAAUGGCGGUAAUUCCAUAACAGAAAAUACUGUUGAAACUGUUUGUCUUAAUACUCGUAAUAUGGCAAGUUCAAAUAAUAAUUUAUUGUCGAAAAAUAAUCCAUAUGAUAGUAAUAAUAUAAAUAAGAAUUCUAGUCAUAAUAAUCUAAAGCCAAUGAUCAUUAGAGAUAUGGAACAUGUUACAGUAAUAAUAUUUUCACGUCGUAGCUGUUAUCGAGCUGGUACUCGUUAUAGACGUCGUGGAAUUGAUAUGAAUGGUCAUGUGGCUAAUUAUGUUGAAACAGAACAAAUUUUGCAUACAGACAUUGGUCAAUUUCCACAUACAGUUGUAUUUCUCCAAUGUCGUGGAUCUGUGCCACUUUACUGGAGUCAAACAAGCUUAGUGUACAAUCCACCCAUACUUUUAGAAAAAUCACAAACUGAAAAUCAAGAAGCAUUCAAUAAGUAUUGGUCAAGACAUUUUCAGGAAUUUGAACGUAUACUCAUCGUGAAUUUAUUAAGUUCUGGACGUAAACAUCGUGAAACUAUAUUAACCGAUGCAUUUUUACGUCAUAUUCUAUUAUCGAAAAAUGAACAAUUAGCUUAUAUAGGCUUUGAUUUUCAUGAUUUUUGUCGAAAUUCUCAAUUUCAAAAUGCUUCAGUUCUUUUAUCCGGUAUUGACGAUUUAUUUCGUAAUUUUAAAUAUUGUUGGGUUACUCAUAAUGGUGUAAUAUGUGAACAAAGAUGGUUAUUUCAUGUGAACUGUUUAGAUUGCUUAGAUCGCACAAAUUUAGUUCAAUGUAUGUUCGCUGUUGUCAUGAUUACAAAUCAGUUGAAAAAAAUUGGUUUAUUAGGCCCGGAGGAAUGUUUACCCACUGAAUUUCUACGCGCAGUUCAACAUAUGUGGGCAACAAAUGGCGAUGCUAUCAGUCGAAUUUAUGCAGGGACGAGUGCAAUGAAAGGUGAUUAUACAAGAACUGGUUCACGAACAGUAAAUGGUCUAAUGCGUGAUGGUGUUUAUUCAGUUAGUCGUUAUUAUUUACGUCUUCGUGAAAUUACUCGUCAAGCUGCGAUUGAUUUAUUCAUCGGAAAUGAACAAAGUCCUGAACUAAUCAUGCUCUGCAAUGGUUCCGGUUUAGAAUCGUCGUCGUUACAAGUUCGAGAAGAACGUAUUAAACUUUUGAUUAGUCGAUGUCAAGAACUUUUAAUUCAAUCGGAUGAGAAAUAUUUCGCUGAAUGUUUACUUGUAUCAUAUUCUGAAUUUAUUCGUGGUAUGGCUUAUGUGAAUACGGUUGUUCUAAUAACCGAUAAAUAUAUACACUUCAUAAGGUAAGUUUUGGAUUAUAUUGAGUCUUCACUAUUUCACUUUUUUGUUGAAAUUUCUGACAGAAUAGUUUAUAUUUUUGAUAAUUUCUUUAGACAAUGUUAAAUUUCACGUGUGUUCACGAAUCCAGUUAUUUGUAAGUUAACUACCGACCUAUCCACUGAAGAAUCAACACGUGCCAUUAAUUAUAGUUAUUUCUAUAGACCUAUUCAAAAGAAAGUUGAAUCGGUUGAGAAACCUCCACCUUUAGGAUUAACAUGAACUUACUAGCCUUCUGUUCUUCCUAAAUCUAAACUAAUUACAUCUUAGUUAUUUACUAAUAUGUCAGAAGAAUGAAGUUGAAAGUUCAUGUUUGACGAGGUAAGGGAAAAUAUACGGUGAUACUCAAUAAACCAAUAAUUUCUAAUCAGUAUUCAAAAUACACACACGUUUUCAAGAAACUACGUUAAGUGUUGAGGAUACGUUUUCUGAAACUAUUAUUUAUAUUCACUGAGUUUAUCAUAUAUUUGACAAAAUAUAGUUUAAAUAGCCUUCGGUUGUAAGAAUUAUCUCAUAGACCUGCUGAAACAAACAAAUAAAACCGCAUAUUGAAACUAAGUUGUUUCUUUACAAUUUCCAAUUUCAAAAAUAAUUUGAAAUCAUGAAUCAGUCUAAGUUAAACCGCUAUUGAAAAUCUAGAUUUGUUGGAUCGUCGUUUCCUCCUAGUAUGCAUAUCCAUGCUUCCGCACGCGAAAAUUGAAUGCAUUACCUCCGAUCUCGUGAGUGAUGCGUACCGUUGAAGAGUCCCAUACUAAGAAAAAAUCCUCGUCCAGUCCUUCCAUAUUUCCAAUCGUGAUCUAACUUGAAUCAUUUCAUGAUUUUAACCAAAUUUAACAAUCUCCACAACCCUAUACUGAAAAUGUAAAAAUUUAGUUUUAAACUACACUUAAUGGAUUGCAUCAAAAUAUUGUAUUGGACUCUACUCACAAAAAUGUUUGUAAGUAGUGUUAUAGUGGAACACGGCGUCAAAGUUGCAACAAUUGUUAGGCGGAGUGAAGAGUGUUAGUGCAUCGAAAGCACGGCGUUGCCAGAACACUCGGAGACAGUUUAGAUGGCAAAAAACACUGAAUGAUACAAUUAGACGAUUGAAGGCUAUGUAUUAUGUAUUAUGUAAAUACUUUGUAGCUUAUCGCAAUAAACAUACAUUCCUCCUGCAUAUUGUUUUGUUUUACAAUAUAAUUGAAAUUAAUGCAUAAGUUAAAAAAAAUUUUCAUAAAGCUAAUCUCUUGAAUUCUUUUAGUUGAUUACCAUCAGCCUAGAUAACUCUAUCAGUUACCAAAUUCCAUUUUUUAACAAAAUUGUUUCCUAUGUACAAUCUUACCAUUUCAUUCCUAUUUUAGAACAGAUUUUAUUAACAGAAAUAAUCGUCCAGCUUACAUUCGAAUACCUUUGUUGUCAAUAGAACGACUUGAGUUGGGUAAGAAUAAUGAAGAAUAUUUUCUGUAUUUAUAUGUAAUUGUGAUAUUAUCAUGUAACUAGAUCGACCACUUGAUGGUCGCCGAUUUUAUAUUACCGUACUUUAAGUAUCGAAUAGAUUCCAUAUAUCAGGUCUAAAUCCUAACUAGUUAAUUUUUAACAAUUUCUCAUGAAAAGCCAAUAAUACAGUUCAAUAAAGCUUUUUGUAACUCGUUGAUCUGACUCGAUUCUUGAUAGACUUAUGAGUAUGCUACGAAACAUAGAACUUCCAUUUAGCUCCGUAUAUUACCUAGGCUAUCCCUGUUUGCGUAACGGUGGUAGUAAGAAGCCAAAUACGACUUCUGUUGGAUGAAAUCAUUUCAAGCACUCGUUUAUUCGGAUAGACAUUCAGAGUGAAAAGCAGGAAAGUGAAGCGAAGCAGAGAAUCUGAGUGAACCAACUCGAUUUGGUAAAGCGUGAUUCGAUAUCUAUAACCAGACAAAAAUAAGCUACAGAAAUGUGAUGAAUAGAAUAAGCAAUACACACAUACAUACGUUCAAAUAUAAACAGUCAAGAUUAAUUAGCGAAUGAUCAGCAAGGUCAAAGUGUAACUCUUGGAAAAUAAAUAAACUGGUCUGUUUGGAAUCUGAGAUAACCCAUGUAGGCUUGACUUAAUGCUGGACACUACAAAUUGAUUUAGAAGACACAAAAUGAAAUAAAAUUCACUGAAUCUCUCAAUGUUUGUUCUCGUUUUACGAAAGUUUAUCAAGGGAACUAAAUUGCAUGAAAGAAUCGAAAGUAAUCUGCCGAUUUAGACAUUGUUACAUGUUGCAAAAAACUGAAUAAGUUUUAGGAUGAAGGAUUUAUAUAGCUUAAAAGUCAAACUAACUUGUUGAUUGAUGUGCAUCUAGUUCAAGUCUGUUAAUGUCUUCAUGGUCCUGGAUAUGAUAAACAAGGAACGGAGCCUCACUAGUUUUCUCUCGACUUUGAUUUUUAAUCUUUGUUGGUCAUUUGUUUUCUAAUAAGUUACUUCAUUAAAAAAAUACUGGUUUUGAUCCCCUAAUAAAUUUUCAUUCCGUUAGUUAGUAUAUUUUUAUUUCAAAAUAUGUUUAUUAAGACUAUCAGUUUGAUCGCCUCAUUUUAAGUUUACAAUCAGUUAAUUAUACCAUUAGUACACUUAGAAAUACAAACUUGAUCAUAAGACCACCUCAAUUAAAAUAGCAAGGUAUGCCUAUUUGCGAACCUAAAAUAGCAUUGACUGGAUUCAUAAUUUUCUAAAUUUACAAACCGAAUAUCAUAGGACACCUCAUCAGUGCAAAUUCAAAAUCCCGCACGCGAGAAUCCUAACCAUGACCUUUGAUCUCCAGGACGAAAAAUCGGAAGUUCCUGGAUUUGAUUCCCACUUAUUCACAUACGGAUCUCCGUAGGACCACAAUCAAGACAAACGCCUAAAUUAAGUUACUCACAAGUAACUUAUUGUCAGAUCAAAUCAUCUGACCACAUUCAAACCACUUGAUACCAUUUCGAUUAGUCAAAUCCCUUACAGUGUAGUAUUAAUGGCAGCAUUAGCACUAAACAACAUUACCGACUGACAGCAUAGCUUACUCGCUUUACCAAUGACAUUUGCAAAUUGGCCUUUAUUCAUUUAACUACUAACGUUCAAUAAGUAAUAUAUGUCACUAUAUGGUCAAUUUCUCUUUUUUAUUUACAGGGAUUUAACACUGUCUGAAAAGGCUAUGAACCAAACUAGCCUUUUAUCAUUUUAAGUUAUUCCCACAAGUUGCGUUAGAACGAAUAUAUUUAGAACAACUCAGCAAUUCAUACUUCUAUAUAACAAACGUUUAGCAUAUUUUC